AUGGAUCACAUACCUCGACUAUCAGAGAUCAUCUAUGUGGGAUUGUGUCAUAAAAUAGGGAGUCCAACGGAAGUGAGAAUCAGGAGGGAAGUAAUUGACACUUAUGAGGAGAUGAUGAAAUCAAAGAAUAAUAUAAAGGAACAAGACGAAAUGAAGAGUGGGAGUGAACGUGAAGGAUUUAGACUUAGAACUUCGGAUAUUGAUUACAUGUUAUGGCUCCAAGACCACAAGGUGAUAUGUGAUCUCUCGCAGAUCAGUCUCUACCGUAUCCCACAACAAACCGUGAUUUUGAUGGAGUGUGAUGAUCUACCACCAGGAUUUACCAGACUGAACCUGUUAAGUCCCUCAAAUGAUCUUGUAAUCAGGUCCUCAUGUGUAACUAAGAAUAACAAAAUAUUUAUUUCUAGUACACUAUUUCGACGUAACAAUUUACAGGUCAUUAAGACUCUCCAUACCUUUUUCGCUUCUUCCAUUCCACAUGGACCCUGUUCAUCCAAUGUCAAAGUUCAAGGUUUUGAAAUUGAUUUUGUGCUUUGCUUUCGAUCACACCACUGGCCGACAACAGCUUUACCAUGGAUACAGAGAUGUCAUCAACAAGGAUGGCCUUCUGAGAUUGUAAUUUCGGAAAUAAUAAAUGGAGGAAUUCAUGUUGUUCCUAUCGGCAGCAUACCUGAAAAUGAUGAAGAAUGGAGAAUUUCAUUUUCCAGAGCAGAACAGAAGCUUGUGUAUUCAAUGAAUCAUUGUCAGUUUUUGUGUUAUGGUCUUUUGAAAUUGUUUUUAAAGGAAGUUAUUGAUUUUCAAAACAAUUAUCCAGUUCUUUGUUCAUACUUCAUGAAAACAAUUGUAUUUUGGGUAAUUCAGAGUAAUCAUUCUUUUCCCUGGAAACCAGAUAACUUACUAUACUAUUUCUGGAAAUGUUUUAAAUUAUUGAUUUACUGGGUGCGCAUUGGAGAAUGUCCAAACUUUUUUAUUCCACAAAACAACAUGUUUAGAGUAAAAGUCACCGGUUCCGUACAAAAUGUCUUGUUCAAUGCUUUGUAUGGUUUGUAUCAAAAGGGAAUUUCAUGUUUGGUAUUAAGUUCAACCCUGAGUCCGUACAUCAGUAAGGCCAUUUUAUACAGAACAUUGAGAGUCUCUACCGACGAGAGCAGUUUCAUGACAAGCACUGAGCUAGAUAUUAGCUUAUUUGAAGAAUUACCACCCUUUACAUAUGGCCUUUCUUUUGAGUUUUUCGCAGAUUUUAUGAAUAGAAUAGAGGCAUUUAAAAGAAAAAGACUGACACCUUAUGAGGUAGUUACACUACAAUGUUUGACAUCAAAUGUAUUAAAGGACACUGCACAAUUAAUAGAAAACAACACAUUUCUUAAUAGAAAUCGUAUUGUCUAUGGUAAAUACAGUAAAGUAACCACUUUGUUAAACUUUUCAUGUAAAAUAGGCAAUAUGUCAUUGACUCUCUACCUUGCUAUGGUCUUCUACAGAGCACGUAGAUAUGAACAAUCACUCAGUUGUUUACAGAAAACACAGGAGAGAAUGACAUGCCCUUUUAUUGUGUACAGAGAUAAUGUAAAUAAUGUUAUGUACGAACACUAUACUGCACGGAUAUCCCUGGGUAACAAAUUCAGGAGAGUCGUAGUGUUGGAUACUAGAUUACAUCAUAAGCUAAAUUAUAUUGACGAGCUAGAGUUAGAACAAAAGAUCAAUAACGAGAACGGCUUGGCAACAUUACAAAUCCCACCUCUAGUGAUGUUACAUAUGUUGCUAAUACUGAAUCACCACAGACUGGGUGACACAGUCAGGUCACAACAAUCUCUACAGGAUCUACGCACUCUGCUGCUCUAUGAUGAGGUCAAUGUACCAAUUCACAUCAGAGAUAUUUCCUGGCAAAUACUAGGAAUAUGUCAACAAAUUACAGGAGACUUCUUAGGAUCUCUACAGUCGUAUCAAUAUUCAUUAGAGCAAUAUCCCGCUCACAAGAUCCAGGAAGCAACUCUGUUAAGAAUGAACACACUUCCUCGUGUAUUAAUGUAA